AUGCUAUGCUCUCAGUGUGGCUUCAGAUAUGACUUGAAUCGAUUGACGUCCCCACUGCUCCGACUCCCCUACGAACUGCGGCUUCAAAUAUACGAGCUUGUCCUCGGAGACCGACAGAUUCACAUCUUCUUCGUGCCAUGGCAGCACAAGCAGCGAAUCAAGAACGGGCAGCCGUACACAGAAACCAUCAAAGGUGGCUUCCGCUACGAGGUGCUUCAGAAGAGAGAAGAUCCCUGGAAGACGGACCGAAAGAGCCUACGAAAGCUGGCCUCACCCUCUCCUGAGGCACAGAUCACCCUCCUGUCCGGUGUCUGUCGCCAGCUGUACCACGAGACGGCGCUGCUGCCACAGCAGAUGAACACAUGGUCCUUUGAGACAGCGCAUGCCAUGGAGCGGUACAUAUUGAAAGAGAAUAGGAUGCCGCUCAUGCAGCGACGGGCCGUCCAGACGCUGUACUGCAAGGAGAGGCUGCCCAAGGUGCUGGAGAAGAAGUUUGGCGGCCUGAAGGCCAUCAUCUGGAAAGACGGCAAGAAAUUGCGGUGGCAGGACUUAUCGCUAUUCCCGGAAGUAGGCUGGAAGGAUCGUCAAGAGCUUCGGGAUCGUUCAUGGCGGUGGUGA